CGUGCGCUGCCACCGAUGGCUUGGCUGUGGCUCCUGGUCCUGCUGGCCCUGGCCGGGCCCGUGGGUGGCACCUGGGACACCUGCGGAGGGACCUGCGGGCUCCGGCCCAUGGCUUCCGACCACAACUCCCUGCUGCCCGACUACGGCCCCGUAGAUACAACCUUCAAUUCCUCCGGCGGUGUCGUGCGUGGCAACGACGUCGCAUCCGGGACCUGGCCCGGCAUCGUCAGCAUCCAGGCCACCUGGGCCAAUGGCACGUGGCACAUGUGUGUGGGGUCCCUCAUCAACCCCAAGUGGGUCCUCACGGUUGCUCACUGCUUUGUCAGGGCCAGGGAUUUCUCCAAAUGGGAAGUGGUGAUUGGGGCCACGGAUCUCAAACAUCCAGGCCCCGGGACGCAGGUGCGGCACAUCCAGAGGCUCCUGGUGCACCAGCACUACGUGCCUGCCACGGCAAAGAACAACAUCGCCCUGCUGGAGCUGGACCGACCUCUGGAGUGCAGCGACUACAUCCAGCUGGGCUGUGUGCCCGAUGCCUCACUGGUAGUGCCAGACCUGAAAACCUGCUACAUCGCGGGCUGGGGUCCCACCACCACCAAAGCUCUCAGACCACGCCUGGUGCUGCAGGAGGCCAAGGUGCGGCUCAUCGAUGUGCAGCUGUGCAACAGCAGCCGGUGGUACGCGGGGGCCGUGCACCCCCACGACCUGUGCGCUGGGUACCCGCGGGGCGGCAUCGACACCUGCCAGGGGGACAGUGGGGGUCCCCUCGUCUGCAAGGACAACAAAGCCGACUACUUCUGGCUGGUGGGAAUGACCAGCUGGGGAAAAGGCUGUGCUGGGGCCAAACGACCCGGGAUCUUCACCUCCAUUCAACACUACCACGACUGGAUCCUGCUCCAGAUGGGAUUGCUCCCACCAGUUACAGCCACUUCAACCCUACGGCCGGACACCACCCUGUCCACCAUCCAGGUGCCAACAGUCCCGGACUCGGACACGUUUACGGUCAUUACAUUCCCCAAACGGACCCUGCGGGAACUCCUUGAGAAGCUGGAGGAGCUCCUGGAGUUCCUAACAGACAAUAUGGAUUAA